AUGUUGUGCCAGAAGGUGUGCUAUGGUGCCUUCAAGCAUUCAUGUUACAAAUUAGCCUAUUUCCAGGACUUGUCUAGACGUGUGGGCUUCCAGGAGGCUCGCCAGGCUUGUGAGAUCGAUGGUGGGGCUUUACUGAGCUUGGAAAGUGAAGCUGAGCAGCAGCUGAUAGAAAACAUGCUGCAGAACCUCACCAAAUCAGGCUCUGGGGUUUCUGAUGGUGAUUUCUGGAUUGGGCUGUGGAGAAGUGGAGAUGGACUGGCCACGUCGAGUGCUUGUCCCGACCUCUACCAGUGGGCUGAUGGAAGCACAUCACCAUUCAGAAAUUGGUACACAGAUGAGCCUUCCUGUGGAAGUGAAGCCUGUGUGGUGAUGUAUCAUCAGCCAACUGCAAACCCUGGUCUGGGAGGGCCAUACCUCUAUCAAUGGAACGAUGAUAGAUGCAACAUGAAGCACAAUUUCAUCUGCAAAUAUGCCCCAGAUAAUGUCUUAGAAAAAGAAUUAGGAGACAGAGCAGAGCCAGAAUACGAUAUUUUCCCAACAGUGCCAGCAGGAAAUCCUUAUGACACAAGCAAACCAGAAGAUCAGUAUCAUAUUAUUGCUACUGAAACAGGUAUAAUUCCGAAUUUAAUUUAUGUUGUAAUACCCACUAUACCACUACUGCUGUUGAUACUGGUGGCUUUUGGGACUUGCUGUUUCCAGAUGCUUCAUAAAAGGGAAGCAAGGAGAAACUGCUUCAAAGACCCAUCUCCAUUAUCAUCUGAAUGCCUUGCAGAAAGUUUAAAUUCCUACCUGUAAAGGAAGAACAAAAACCAGUCCAAACCAGUCCACACUAUGGAUUUCAAAGACGCCUAGGAAGGACAGUAGCAUGGAGGUAUAACGAUUUACUGACUGAAAACAAAGCAAAAAUAACAUUUUGCAGUGAGGCUGUAUUAUAAUGUCGUCAAAGAACAUUAGCUUGGAAUGGCUUGAAAAUGCACAGGAUCUACAAGAAUGAACUGUAAGCUCCCCCUUGAGGCAAAUGUUCAGAUCAUUUUUAUAUAAUGUUUGUUAAUUCAGUAACAAAAUAUGCCAUGCUAAAUAAAGGGUAUGUGUUUAUUUUGCUAAGAGAUGUAAGUUAGCUAGUUGUGAGCAAUGAAACAAACAGAGCAUUUGAAGUUUUUAUGGGGAAAUAUCCACAAUGUAUGUCAGUUUUAAGACUGUUUGUAGUUAAACAAACCUCCUCCUCUGUUUCUUUUAGUCUCUCAUGCAUUGUAUUGUAGUCAAUGUACAGUAAAUGGAACUGACAAUUUUACAGUGUAACAAUUAUUUAUCUUUGCAUAAAAGUUUGAUAC